AUGGAUAUCAAGACUGAAGAAUUGGCUUGCGUUUACGCUUCCCUCUUGCUCCACGACGACGGCAUUGCCAUCACCGGAGACAAGAUCAAGGCUCUCCUUGAUGCUGCCAACGUAGAGUUCCAGCCACAUUGGCCAGGUUUGUACGCCCGUGUCCUCGCCAAGUCCAACGUUGAGGAUCUCGUGUUCAACUUUGCCGCCGGUGCUGCCGCCGUUGCCGCCCCAGCUGCCGCCGCCGCCGCUGCUCCAACUGCUGCCGCCGCCAAGAAGGAGGCUCCAAAGAAGGAGGAGAAGAAGGAGGAGUCUGACGACGACAUGGGAAUGGGUCUCUUUGAUUAA